GUCCUACUACCUGCACCUUUGCCUAGGGUGAUUGACCAAGAAGGAAGACGUGAAAUGGAGGGUGGACGCAGGAUUACUAGGAGGAACCCGAUGGGUCGUGCACCGGGGGCCACCGAGCACGAUACACGGGCUGAAUCACGGACCUCUAGGGGUAGAGGCCGGGGCCAAGGCCGAGGCAGGGGUCGUGGGCGUUCUACAACGCCGACGGCAAGUAGCACGCGUGUCGGAUCUGUGCACCCGUCUUGGGCCACCGAACCGGACGAUUUCACAUAUGCUCCAAGCACGGAGCAAGAGGAGACCCCGUACAACGGGGAGGACUUUGAGGAAGAAGAUGAGGAUGAUGAUCCUCAUUAUGACCGCAUGAGUGAGGUACUAGAAUGGUACCUUGAGAAUAAAGCAAAGAGAGAGCAGCGGCGCCAAGCUAGGCAGGCUAGGCAAACCAUGGGACAGGGAAGCCGAGGUGCUUCUAGUGCUCCAUCGGGGGCAUUUGGGGGAGACACGAUGGUGCAAAUCUCCAAGUACCUCAAGGAGGCCAGGGCCUUGGGGUGCAAAUCAUUUGAUGGCAAGAGCGACAUAUCUGAGGCCGCCGACUGGAUUAAGAAGCUGAAUGAUGCUUCUAGGGACAUGCAAAU